AUGACUUCUUACACCGUUCCACAAGAAUCUGAACCCCACCCACCAGGAUCUUUCCCAACAGACGACAUGGUCGCCACACAGGAUUCCAGCUUAACUUCCUCGGGCUCACAUCAUCAACACAAUAAGUUACACAAGCGAGAAGACCCAAGGGGUUGGAGUGAAGAAGAGAAGGCAGCGUGGGGACAUCAACACACGGACUCGGGUGUUGGUUUAACAGAUCCGAGCCUGUUAUCAAACUCCCAUACUCGUGGUAGAGUGAACGAAGGAGCUUUUCAACCAAAUAAUGCUACUCUACAGAACAAUGAUGUAGCACCAAGCACCGUUACUAAUACCACAACAAGGUCACCCAACUACCAAGGAAAUGAGAAUAAACCUGGCGUUAUGACUGGCGCCUAUGGUCAUAGCAAUGUUCAUAGCGGCAGCAACUACUAUCCUAAGCCGACCGCGGAGGAUACGUCGUCCCAAAAUCAAACCAGCGCAAGGGGCGUUGGUGCUGUUGGACCCGCACCAGGGAUAGCUACCGCUACUGAACCAGGCAAUACAGAGCUAGAGCAAAUACCUGAGGAUCGUAACACCAUUCGGAAUGGUUUACGUCAAACCAGCAACGUUGAGCAUGAUGAUCCAUACUGGGGCGAUGUUCCCCACGGUACCGGUGUCUAUAACACAGUUACUGGACACGGUAGCUCUGAGACAGCCACCGAAGGCUCCCUUCAUCCACAGGACCCUCUAAGUCACGAGCAGCAGCGUGCAUUCCCACUUGAAACUUCUAACGAUGCCCCCCACGACGAGAGUAGCCACCGCAACGGUUCUCGGUUUAAAGAGGGGUUAGGCGAAUCAACUACAGGCGCAGCGGCAGGACUUACUACAUAUGAACUUGCCGAAAGGCGACGAGAUCAUCAACAUGAAAACGAUCUGAAAGAGUCUACCUCCCGUAAACACAAUGAAGCAGAUACCAAAAAGGAGAGUAAAAUUGGUAGCUUAUUCCAUCGGGAUCACAAGGGUGAGAAGGAAACUAAGUCUGAGAAGCCUAAGGAACCAGUUCCCAGUAAAGAUGACAGACCACUGAGAGAAAGGGACGCUGGCGUAGCCCUCGCCGCCGCUACUGGUGCAUAUGGUGCGAAGAACCACGCCGACAAGCAUGACAAGAAAACUAGAGAAUCUGAGCAUGAUAUAACAGAUAACAAGGCACACGAUAUUUAUCAGCAUCCUAAUGAGAAGAUUGAUUCGAAGGAUCCUUUUAUCGCCGCCGGAUACACGAAGCCUGGCAGCCAGGGUUCUACAAAGAUUACCAACGAUGCUUACCCCCCCUCUGAAGAUGUGACCACGAGAGAUCGCCCCUUUACCUCUCAGACUACAGAGAAGCCUAACCAACGAGACGAUUCAAAAUUUGGCUACGGCCUCGCAGCCGCUGGCGUGGGAGCCGGUGCUGGUUAUGCUGCUCACGAGCAUGCCCACGGUGAUAGCGACAAGAAUAAGGUGCACCCCAACCAGCAAGCAUACCACGAUUCAACGACGGCGUCAAAGGCAACCACGCAACCAUCGGACACUGGUUACACUAUCGGAAAGCCUCAACUCGCAGUGUUUUCCGGCACCGGAGAGACCGCCGUCCCCUAUGAAAAGACACAGGGUCUGUCGCAGACAGGUUCCAGCGCCAGCCGCUCCCCCAACGACCCUAGCCGACACGGCGAGUAUAACGUCCUGCAAGACGGUACUCCUUCCGGCGUUAACUUCGGAGAUCAUCAUUACAGUGACAAGAAGAACGUAGUAGCUUUGUCGUCGCCGAAUGCUACACGCGAUGUCUUGACGAAGGAUAACCACACUAGUGCUAAGGUAGCAGCAGCUGGUGCUGGUGUUGCCGGCACGGGCGCUGCGGCUCACUAUACUGGCAAGCACAACAGCAACACUUCAUCAACACCAUAUGAGGUCUCCGGCGCCAACGGUCCUGCACCCACGAACUCUACUCAAGGCAGCACUUACAAGAGCCUGCCAACCGGCACUCCCUCUGGUAUAAAUGUCAACGACAGCCAGCAGUAUAACAAGCACAACGUCGCUACGUCGUCUCCUACUAGUGCCACACGAGGCACUGUGGACGACAACAACCACAGCCGUACCAAAGCUGCUGCUGGUGCUGCUGGUAUAGUCGGUGCUGGAGCUGCUGCAAAGCACUAUUCUCAGCGCGAUACUAACAAUACUACUACUGUUCCAUCCACCACAUCUCGCGACCACCAGUCUUCCACGACUAGCUCGAGCAACCGUGUGUCGAGCGACUCCAGCCACGGCGGACAGUACAACGUCCUCCCAUCCGGCACACCUUCAGGCAUCAACAUCGGUGAGCGCGACGACCUCAGCCGCAAGAGCCUAGACAACACAACCAGCAAGACCAAGACACCUGCAACCGUAGCUCAUCCAACCGCUGCGAGUGCGAUUCCCGCUCCGAAGAAGGACAUCGCUGGUACCUCGGCAGGUGUCCCGGCGGGUCUCAACCCCGCAGACAAGGUGUUGCACCGGUGCAGGAAGUGCGGCGAGGAGAAUGAUAUCACGGGAUACUUUCGCGUAUGA